AUGUAGUAGUUGGGCGUUAUUUGAUUGUCUUUAUUGUUUAUUAUUUCCCAUCUCCGAUUCCCACCUUCCCUCAUUCAUUAUUCAUCGAUUAAAGGCAAAAAAGAAAUGAUUUUUAUUAUUAAUUAUAUAAUUUUCGAAUCCAACUGUUUCUUUCGUCCACGGCGGCUUCUUUCUUCUUUAUUAUAUUUUCUUUUCCACAGCUGUUGUUGCCGCAAAAUCUGGAAAUUCUACUUUAUUUUUAUAUAUACAUACAUGUGUGUGUAUAUAUAUAUAUAUAUGCGUGUGUGCGUGUGUGAUACAAGCUCGUUGUAUGUAAAUUGAGGGUUCUGUGGUCAAGUAAAGUAUGCUAUUGCACGGUGAAGAAUAAAAAGUAGAAGGAGAGUGUGAUGGGGAGUGAAUGGACCGCGUUUUGCGGUGCCGAUUCGCCACCCUCAUCGUGCGUAAACCACGCGUCGAUAAUUUGUUUCGACGCCCUGCUCUUGAUCGUUUUCUUGUUCACUGUAUUCUCCAAAGCAUCACCACACAACACGGCUGCAUCUAUUCGCAAAAAAUCGAUUUUGCAGCUAGUGUCGGCUAUUUAUAACGGACUUUUGGGAUUUUUUUACUUGUCUUUCGGAGUUUGGAUCUUGGUGGAGAAGCUAAGAAAAACUCGAGCUUUUCUACCUCCGCAAUGGUGGUUGGUAUUCAUUAUCCAUGGAUUGGUAUGGUUAUUGCUCGGGUUAACCGUAAGCCUUAGGGGACAAAAUUUUUCGAGAAUUCGAUUGAGAGUGUUGUCGAUUCUAGUAUUCGUCUUUUCCGGAAUUACGUGCGGGUUGUCACUUUUCAGCGGUGUUCUUGAAGAGAAGGAGAUGUCGGUUGAGAUAGUUUUGGAUGUGUUGUCUUUUGUUGGAUCGAGUUUGUUGGUGUUGUGUACUUACAGAGGUUACGAAUACGUAGCUGACGAUGAGAAUAAUAUUAAUGCUCCAUUGCUCGAAACAAAAGAUUAUUCUCCCGAAGCAACGACCCCGUUUGCAAACGCGGGUUUUUUGAGUAAAUUCACGUUUUGGUGGUUGAAUCCAUUGAUGAAAAGGGGAAAGGAGAAAACCCUCGAAGACGAAGAUAUACCCAAAUUGCGCGAAGAGGAUCGAGCGGAAUCGUGCUAUUCGGUAUAUACGGAGAUGUAUAAUAGACGAAAGAAACGAUCCGAUCCAUCGAUUUUAAAGACGAUACUGCUAUGCCACUGGCAAGAAAUUUUGAUUUCGGGUUUCUUCGCACUACUCAAGAUAGUUACUAUCUGUUCGGGUCCCGUUUUGCUCAAAGCCUUCAUUAAAGUUGCAGAAGGACAAGAAAGUUUCGAUCACGAGAAAUACAUACUUGUCGUAAUACUCUUCUUCACGAAGAUCGUCGAAUCGAUAUCUCAAAGGCAGUGGUACUUUCGAGCUAGGCUGAUCGGUAUCAAGGUGAGGUCGCUGCUGACAUCAGCCAUUUACCGAAAGCAGCUGAGAUUAUCGAAUGCCGCUAGAGUAACUCACUCGAGCGGUGAGAUAAUGAACUACGUGACAGUGGACGCUUAUCGAAUCGGAGAAUUCGCAUUCUCGUCGCAUCAGCUGUGGACGACCAGCCUCCAGCUCUGCCUCGUCAUCGUCAUUCUCUUCCAAUCCGUGGGGCCCGCAACAAUCGCUUCGAUGAUAGUGAUCGUCGCCACAGUUGCUUGCAACAUGCCGCUUGCGAAACUGCAGCACAAGUUCCAGUCGAAGCUGAUGGUGGCGCAGGACGUGAGGCUGAAGGCGAUGGGCGAGGCUCUCGCGAACAUGAAGGUGCUGAAACUGUACGCGUGGGAAGGGCAUUUCAGGCACGUCGUCGAAAAACUGCGCGCCGUCGACUACGAGUGGCUGUCGGCCGUUCAGAUGAGGAAAGCGUACAAUUCGUUUCUGUUUUGGUCUUCGCCCGUGGUGGUUUCUGCUGCUACGUUCGGCUCGUGCUAUCUGCUUGGAGUUCCGUUGACUUCGAGCAACGUGUUUACUUUCGUGGCGACUUUACGCUUGGUUCAGGAUCCCGUCAGAAGUUUUCCCGAUGUUAUCGGUGUGUUCAUUCAAGCUAAAGUCGGUUUCGCUAGGAUCGUAAAUUUUCUAGAGGCACCUGAGCUCGAAACCGAACAUAACCGAGCGAAGCAGCAAACGGACGAUGUAAAUCAGAUUAGUGUUUCUUUUAAGUCGGCCAAUCUUUCGUGGGACGAGAAUUUAUCGAAGCCUACACUUAGAAACAUCGAUUUGACCGUUAAACGAGGCGAAAAGAUUGCAAUUUGUGGAGAAGUUGGUUCCGGAAAGUCGACACUUCUUGCAGCAGUUCUUGAAGAAGUUCCCGUAACCGAGGGAACUGUUCAAGUACACGGGACAAUAGCCUACGUGUCUCAAUCAGCCUGGAUUCAGACAGGUAGUAUACGAGACAACAUUCUCUUCGGUUCUGCAAUGGAUAACGAGAGGUAUCAAGAUACACUAGACAAGUGUUCGCUCGUAAAAGAUCUCGAGCUGCUACCGUACGGAGAUUUAACCGAGAUCGGAGAAAGAGGAGUCAGUCUCAGCGGCGGUCAAAAGCAACGAAUUCAACUCGCACGAGCUCUCUACAAGCGUGCCGAUAUAUAUCUAUUGGACGAUCCCUUUAGUGCCGUUGAUGCGCACACCGCCACAAGCCUGUUUAAUGAAUAUGUCAUGGCAGCCCUUUCGGACAAGACGGUCGUACUCGUCACUCAUCAAGUUGACUUUCUUUCCGCGUUCGAUUCCGUUUUGUUGAUGUCCGAUGGAGAGAUUUUGCGUGCUGCUCCUUAUCCGGAGCUGUUGGCCACUAGCAAAGAGUUUCAAGAACUUAUUCACGCGCACGAAGAAACGGCUGGUUCGGAGAGGCUUUCGGGCGUGAACGAAUUGUCUAAAAAUGUUGACAAAAUUUAUCCGAAAGAGAUUCGCGAGGAGAAGAAAGCCGUGGCGUGCGGAGGUGGUCAGUUGAUAAAGAAAGAAGAGAGAGAAACCGGCGACAUGGGAUUGAAACCGUAUAUUCUGUAUCUAAAGCAGAACAGAGGAUUUUUAACAUUUUCGAUAGCUGCGCUUUGUCACUUGUCGUUUGUCAUCGGUCAGAUUAUACAAAACUCGUGGAUGGCUGCGAAUGUCGACGAUCAAGAAUUUAGCAGAUUGAGGCUGAUUCUCGUCUACUUGUUGAUCGGAGUUGUUUCGUCGCUGUUUUUGCUGAGUAGGACGAUAUUUUCCGUCGUUUUGGGAUUGCAGUCGUCGAAAGCGUUGUUUUCGCAGCUCUUGGUUUCUUUGUUCCGUGCACCGAUGUCGUUUUACGACUCUACGCCUUUGGGAAGAAUACUGAGCAGGGUAUCUUCCGAUUUGAGUAUUGUUGACCUCGAUGUGCCGUUCAACUUGAUAUUCACCGUUGGAGCAACAACAAAUUGCUAUGCUAAUCUUGUUGUAUUGGCUGUUAUCACUUGGCAAGUUUUAUUCGUCUCCGUACCGAUGAUCUUUCUGGCUGUUUACUUACAGAGGUACUACUACUCCUCUGCUAAAGAGUUGAUGCGAAUAAACGGAACAACAAAGUCCUUUGUGGCGAACCAUCUUUCCGAAUCGGUAGCCGGAGCAAUCACCAUAAGAGCUUUCAAAGAAGAGGACCGUUUUUUCGAAAAGAAUCUUCUACUUAUCGACAACAACGCAACUCCCUUUUUCCACUACUUUUCGGCAAACGAGUGGUUGAUACAAAGACUCGAAACCCUCAGUGCAACCGUUCUUGCCGUUGCAGCUCUCUGCAUGGUUUUACUUCCUCAAGGAACUUUUAGCUCCGGAUUUAUCGGGAUGGCAUUGUCAUAUGGCCUAUCGUUGAACAAUUCACUAGUGUUCUCGAUUAACAACCAGUGCAACUUGUCGAAUUAUAUCGUUUCCGUAGAAAGAAUCGGCCAGUAUAUGAACAUUCCAAGCGAAGCGCCUGAAGUGAUAGAUGAUAAUCGACCACCCGUCGACUGGCCUUCCGAGGGUAAAGUAGAGAUUCAACACUUGGAGAUUAGAUAUAGAAGAGAUGCACCGCUUGUUCUACGAGGGAUUAGUUGCACAUUUGAAGGAGGACACAAAAUCGGAAUAGUUGGUCGAACCGGGAGCGGGAAAAGCACGCUUAUCGGUGCCCUGUUUCGUCUUGUGGAACCUUCCGGAGGGAAAAUUAUUGUGGACGGGAUUGACAUUACGAAAAUCGGGCUUCAUGAUUUGAGGUCCCGUUUCGGGAUUAUACCUCAAGACCCGACUCUCUUCACUGGUACCGUCAGAUUCAAUUUGGAUCCAUUGGCUCAACAUACUGACAAUGAAAUAUGGGAGGUUCUAGGCAAGUGCCAGCUCAAAGAUACCGUUCACGAGAAAGAAGGGGGAUUAGAUUCGCCAGUUAUGGAAGACGGAUCGAACUGGAGCAUGGGGCAGAGGCAACUCUUCUGCCUCGGGCGUGCUUUACUGAGGAGAAGCAAGAUCUUGGUUCUCGACGAAGCUACCGCCUCCAUCGACAAUGCAACCGACACUAUCUUACAGAGAACUAUUCGGACCGAGUUUGCCGAUUGUACUGUCAUCACUGUGGCCCACAGAAUACCAACUGUCAUGGAUUCUACUAUGGUUUUAGCUAUUAGUGAUGGGAAAAUGGUGGAGUAUGAUGAACCGAUGGAGCUGAUGAAGAGAGAAGAUUCGUUGUUCGGGCAGCUUGUUAAGGAAUACUGGUCUCAUUCUUGAUCUUAAUUCGGAGUUAGAAUUUAAGUUAGACUUGUAAUCGAUCUCUUCUGUGUAUUUGCCACAAUGUAGACGUUCGAGCGUUCCACGUUUUAUUUGAUGCUACACAAACUACGUGUAAUUUGCACACAACACAGACAGUAUACAUGUAUCUGUGUGUGGAAUUGUGUGUAGAUCUACAGUGUAAAGCCAUAAAACUACCCGGCGUAUUUUUUCGGAGUGUAGCGUCUAAAAUAAAAGAGUUUUCUAUCGU